AUGUCGUUGGCAGCGCUGCUUAACAAAGAAGAAGGUGAACAGAUACCAACACCUACGUCAACACCACCAGCACCCGUAGUAUCACCGGUGACAGGUGAUGAAAGUAGUAGAAAUACUGCAAUUGUAAAUGGUAACGGAAUUAUGGAUCCAGUACAAAAAUACUUACAGGGAUUGAAUCGAGAUUUUUCAGUCGUUAGCCAAAGAGAUGCCCUUGAGCAUGAGUAUCAAGACUGGAAAUUUAUCAAUUACCAGGAAUUUGAGCUUGUGUCAGAGUGGAAUAACCAAUCCAAAGAUUGGAAAGGGGCUGCUUUGGAUUCCUUGUACAAAGAUAUGGCAACUACGAAAGCUGAAUGGGAUACAUAUGCCAAGUACAAGGAAAACAAGUUGAAACUACUUGGUGAAAUGGACGAUGUUGUAGAGGAUGAGAAGCCAAAAAAGCCAAAAAGAGCUCCAAGGAAGAGAAAGAUCCAGGAGGUGGAUGAGGAUGAUCAAGUGGUAGAGAAUGGCGGUGAUACGGUUGAGCAUUUGCAACAGCCGGUUGAAGAGAAAUAUGAAGUUAAACAAGAGGAGCCGGAUGGAUCGCAACAACCAUCGCCGCUUGUCAAUGGCAAAACACAUGAGGAAGUGGAAGAAGAUGGCGGUAAUGAAGAAGAUGGCGAUCAAGAUCAAGAGCAGGAUCAAGAUCAAGAGCCAGACUCGGUUGGUGACGAUGUGGGCACAGAUAUGCCGGCGGCUGGAGGUGCAGAAGCAGAUGAAGCAGAGGAAGAAACGCAAGAACCAGAGCAAGAGGAGGAUUCUCAUGAUGUUCAAUUUUCAUUGGAGGACGAUGAAAACGAUAAAGAUUUCUUGUUAGACGACGACAGACCAAGGCCGUCGUCGAGAAAGGAUAAAACUGUUACGUUGGAUAGCGAUAGAUCAAAAAUCGUUAAAGAACUGGUUAAAAUGUGCAACAAGAACAAGGUUGUCAAAGUCAAGAAGAGAAGAUUUACCAAUGCAAUUGUUACCGAUUACAAUCCAUUGGAUUCGAAACUAUCAGUCAAAGUUACAUUAAAACAGUAUCACGUGAGAAGGCUAAAAAGGCAUAUAAAUGAAGCUAAAAGAGCUGCAGCAGUUGCAGAAGCCGCCAAGGCCAAAGAGGAAGCAGCUAAGAAUAAGGCAAAGGAGCCAACUGGAUCACCUAGUAGCAAAAAGAGAAAAAUUACAGCUAAGGAUGGAUCACAAGACGUUACACCUGCCAAUGAAAUUGAUUCUGCGACUGCAUCACCAACAAAGAAUGGAUUACCAACUUAUGGAUUAAAGAUGACUGUAAAGGAGGCAAGAGCAAUUCAACGUCACUACGACAAUACUUUCUUCACCAUUUGGAAAGAUAUGGCUCGUAAGGAUUGUGCAAAGAUGGCAAGAUUAGUUCAACAAAUUCAAUCGAUUAGAACUGCUAAUUUUAAAAAGACUUCCUCAUUAUGUGCCAGAGAAGCAAGAAAAUGGCAAUUUAGAAAUUUCAAACAAGUCAAAGAUUUCCAAACAAGAGCUAGAAGAGGUAUCAGAGAAAUGUCAUCAUUUUGGAAGAAGAACGAACGUGAAGAACGUGAUUUGAAGAAGAAAGCUGAAAAGGAAGCAUUAGAAUCGGCCAGAAAGGAGGAUGAAGCUAGGGAAAAUAAGAGACAAGCAAAGAAAUUAAAUUUCCUUUUAACCCAAACAGAAUUGUACUCACAUUUCAUCGGUCGUAAAAUUAAAACCAAUGAAUUGGAAGGUGCAAUGGCUGACCAGCAGCUACAACAGCAGCAACAGCAGCAACAGCAACAACAACUGCAUCAACAUUUCCAACAUGGUCAUGUUGACUUAGACGCUACUGAAGCCAAUAAGACUGAGUUCCAUAAUAUCGAUUUCGAUAAUGAAGAUGAUGAACAACUAAGAAUCAAAGCCGCUCAAAAUGCAUCCAACGCUUUAGCAGAAACUAGAGCAAAGACAAAGGAAUUCGAUGAUUCUUCAUCUAAUGGUGAAGAAUUAAAUUUCCAAAACCCUACUUCAUUGGGUGAAAUUACCAUCGAACAACCACAAAUGUUAGCAUGUACUUUAAAGGAAUACCAGUUAAAGGGUUUAAACUGGCUGGCUAACUUGUAUGAUCAAGGUAUCAAUGGUAUAUUAGCAGACGAAAUGGGGUUGGGUAAAACCGUUCAAUCCAUUUCUGUAUUAGCACAUUUGGCAGAAAAAUAUAAUAUUUGGGGGCCAUUCUUAGUCGUCACACCUGCUUCCACUUUACACAAUUGGGUUAAUGAAAUUUCCAAGUUUGUUCCUGAAUUUAACAUCCUACCUUAUUGGGGGAAUGGUAAUGAUCGUAAAGUUUUAAGAAGAUUUUGGGAUAGGAAAAAUUUCAGAUAUACAAGAGAUUCUCCCUUCCACGUUAUGGUUACUUCUUAUCAAAUGGUCGUUUCAGAUGUUACUUAUUUACAGAAAAUGAAAUGGCAAUACAUGAUCUUAGAUGAGGCUCAAGCUAUUAAGUCUUCACAAUCUUCACGUUGGAGAAAUCUUUUGAGUUUCCACUGUCGUAACAGAUUGCUUUUGACAGGUACUCCAAUUCAAAAUAGCAUGCAGGAAUUGUGGGCAUUGUUACAUUUCAUCAUGCCUUCGUUGUUCGAUUCUCACGAUGAGUUUAAUGAAUGGUUUUCUAGAGAUAUUGAAUCUCAUGCCGAGGCCAAUACAACCUUAAACCAACAACAGUUAAGACGUUUACACAUGAUCUUGAAACCUUUCAUGUUAAGGCGUGUGAAGAAGAACGUUCAAUCAGAAUUGGGUGAUAAGAUCGAAGUGGAUGUCAUGUGUGAUUUAACCCAUAGACAAGCUAAACUUUACCAAAUUCUAAAAUCCCAAAUAUCAACUAAUUACGAUGCUAUUGAAAAUGCCGCUGGUUCGGAUGAUGCUUCAUCGGAUCAGAAUUUAAUCAACACCGUCAUGCAAUUCCGGAAAGUUUGUAAUCAUCCAGAUCUUUUCGAAAGAGCAGAUGUAUCAUCACCAUUUGGAUUUGUGGAUUUCGGUAAAAUAGCUUCAAUGGCAAGAGAAGGCGGUAUUAGUGAAGUCAUGUAUUCAACAAAGAAUCCAAUUACUUAUCAAAUGCCCCGCUUAAUUUACGAAGAUGUGGUUCUACCAAGUUUCCAAAACGAUAUUGCAGCACGUAAAAAGCUUUUGAACGUUACCAUGAACGUCCUUGAUCCAGUUAAAAACAGAGAUCUUAUCGAACAUUUGAGAUUACUCACGGGUUUAAAACCCAAUGAAUUCUCAGAAAUUGCAAGUAAAGAUAUUGUUCAGAGGGCACUCGAAUUUAAUAAGGAAGAUUCGAACAAACCUUUGAUCCAAGAAAUCUACGAUGAUGGUAACUGUGCUCCAAAGAACUUUAAGAGCGGUCUACAUGUAUAUGAUAAGCCUGAAAGGUUGCUUGCUCUAUCAAGAACUACCACAGAUGGUGUGUUGAGUUCAUUAGUGGACAUUCAAAAUAAAAUCUACGAUGACCAAUAUUUCAAUUGUAUGCACCCUGGCUACCGCCCCGGAGCUGCUUCUACGCCAAUAUCUAUUGACGUUCUUGGUUGCCGUCAUCUCUAUGAGAGAAGAGGACAGGAAUUAUUUAACCCUACCAUUUCACAAGCACUGUCAGAAAUUCCACCGGAGACUCAAUAUAACUUGAAGGUGGAAAAGAAGAUUCCUGUAGACCACUUCCCGAUUACCGGUAAAUUUCCAGCCGCUUUCAACAAAUACUUUUCAUCUCCAAUUUCUAUGCCCUCUAUGGAUAGAUUUAUCACUGAAUCUGCUAAAUUGAGAAAAUUAGAUGAGUUACUUGUUGAUUUGAAACGCAACGGCCAUAGAGUAUUGAUUUAUUUCCAAAUGACGAAGAUGAUGGAUUUAAUGGAAGAAUAUCUGACUUACAGACAAUACAAACACAUUCGUCUCGAUGGUUCUUCUAAAUUAGAAGAUCGUCGUGAUUUGGUUCAUGACUGGCAAACUGUUCCAGAUCUAUUCGUCUUCCUUUUGAGUACCAGAGCUGGUGGUCUUGGUAUUAAUCUAACGGCCGCGGACACUGUGAUCUUUUACGAUUCUGACUGGAAUCCAACCAUUGAUUCUCAAGCAAUGGAUAGAGCUCAUAGACUGGGUCAAACGAGACAAGUCACUGUCUACAGAUUACUUGUUCGUGAUACUAUCGAGGAAAGAAUGAGAGAUAGAGCCAAACAGAAGGAACACGUUCAACAAGUUGUCAUGGAAGGUAAGACUCAAGCUAAAAAGGUGAAGAGAAUAGAGGGCGAAGAUAAUAAGGAAACAGUUACAUUCAAAUAG